AUGACGCCGCAAAAGACUUCGGACGUAGUGGAGGAGUCUCGUUGCCUUCCCCAUCUUCCAAACGAGAUCAUAGUUAUGAUAUUCGACAGAAUGAUCGCAGGCGCCGCCGCCGAUUAUCAGCCCAUCACGUGGGAGAUUUGUCCAGUCAAGACCCUCAAAGACUACAACUUCCGGGACGCGUACUACAAGACGACGCAACAGCCUACUCACAACGACAAUUCCCACACCUUCAAGACACGAAGCUAG